AUGAGGCCGCAGGCGCUCCACAGAGCCUCUCGCAGUGCUGGACGCCUCUGGUCUCUGUUCUGCUCACGCCAGGGGCGCGCUUUUCAGACUGCCCAAAAACGAGGAAGACGUCAGGUAGGAGAAAGGGGAGCGCGAGACUCGUGGAAGCACCAGUCUCCGUCUGAGAAGCUGGCGGCGCCUGACUCGUUUCCCCACUUUUUGCCCGUUGAACAGGACGAAGAUGAAGCCGGCUUCUCCUCGAGUUUGGACUCACCCGCCUUCUCCUCUCGCACCUGGCUUGGGGGGGCUCAGGCGAAAUCCGUCAGAGUUAUUCCGUCUCUAGCUUCUGACUCGCCGCGCUCUGCCUCCUUCACGCCUGCCUCGCCACGCUUGCGGCGACACGAAGGCCAACGUCAUCUGGAUCCUCUUCCAACCCGCCUUUCCGCUCCGCCCUCGUCCGAGUCCCCUCCGCCGUCGGCAGCUUGUGUCCCGUCCUCCAAAGCGAAGCAGCAGUGGAGAUCCUCCUCGAGUGCUCCGCCGCACUCGCCUGGCUCUCCGCUGCGACCUUUCGCCUUCAGCGGAGACCCGCCGGCGGACUGGACAGCCCCGCAGGGGACAGCGAAGCCCCAAACGCGGGAACGGACCGCCUACACGGAGGGAUCUGGCCGCGCUCAGGACGCUUCCUCCGCGGACAGAGAGGACAGAGCUGGAGAGCGUGCGCCGGGGAAGCCGCUUUCCGAGUUGGCGGGGCCCCGGCGAUGGACAGAACCUGCUGCGCGCGACGGGCUGCCGCUGUAUGCUCAGGAGUACGCCCAAAGUUUGGCGGUGACUCCGUUAACGAGCCAAGAGGAAGCAGCUGUUCACAAAGUUUGGAGGGAGUUGCUUGAGAAGAAAGCGCUGUGUGCCCACCUGCAGAAAACGUGGGGCCUUCCCCUGUUUUUCCUCCGCCACCCUGGUCUCCAGCGAGCGUCCCUUUCCUACCUGAAGACAGAAAUCGAGCGUCUCGCGACAAGAAGGGAGCCGCCACUGCAAACGCAAAAGGGACUCCCCAUGCCGCGAGCGCUGCAGCACAAGAACGCGACUGCGGGGCUCGGAGCUGUCGAGGAUGUACCGAGCGGCGAAACGGCUCGGCCGGAACUGCGAAGGCAGCGGUCUUUCUGUCUCGACCGCGCGGCCGACAGCUCCUUGUCAGAGGACGGUGGCGGGGAGUGGGAAAGCUGGCCGCGCCGUUCGACCGACGAAACGCGCACAGCGGCAGCGGCAGAGCUCGGUGGAAAUCCCGAACUUCAGACACACAACCUUCGGGAGGAGCAGCUGCUCUUUCUUCUUCAAGAGCUCAGGGGUGUUGCGUCUGGGAGCGUCCCGACCCUCGACGGCACCGGCGUGGAGACAGCUGGCUGUCGAGACAGUUUCCUGGGUGUACGUGCUCCUGAGUGUGGGGACGUGCGCAAGGACGACGGCCAGAUCUCUUGCAGAACGCGUCCGUCACAGCUCUCGAAGCCUCGCCCGUGCAGCGCAGGUAUGGGUGCCACGCGAAGACCGUCGGAAUCGUUGCCAGCCAAGGAAAGCAGAGUGGAGGGGUGGUGCGCUCCAGAUAACAGGAGCUUUCUACGGAACCCGGGCGUGUGCGGCGAAACGUACAAAUUGCUCCGCGAUCUGAGCCAAGGGCGCGGGCCGGGUCUUCGGGCCGAGAGAAACGAUGGAGAUUCGACGACUGGAACGACUGGAGCCGAAGCGUCUCCGCCUCUCCUUUCGCCCACAGAGGCCGGAAGGUACGCGCCCGUGUUGGCUCUGGCGCGUCGGUUUCUUGCGGACGAGCAUGCAGACCAGUUGCUCCUUUUCAAGAAUCUUCGACGCCUGGCGGAUCUCCGAGGCCCCGCAGCGUUUUAUCCCUCGGCCCGACAGAUGUCUCGCCAGCUGUACGCACACGUCGGGCCGCCAAACAGCGGGAAGACUGCAAGCGCAGUGAAAGCUCUCCUGAGCGCGUCCACAGGGUGCUACCUCGCCCCGCUGCGACUCCUGGCGUGGGAAGUGUAUGUACAGCUGAAGAAGGAAGGGAAACGGGUCUCCUUGGUCACCGGCCAGGAGCGCCAGAUCUGCCCGGACUGGACCCAUCUGUGUUGCACCGUCGAAACGGCGCCUCUGGAUCGGCGCUUUGCGUGCGCAGUCCUCGACGAGGCGCAGCUGGUCGCCAGCGCCCAACGGGGCGACGCGUGGACGAACGCGAUUCUCGGUUUGCAGGCAGAAGAGCUCCACGUUUGCUGCGAAGAACGCGCGACGCCUCUGCUCGAGAAACUGGCCAAGGCGUGCGGAGACAGUUUCGCCGUCCACGUCUACCGGCGCCUGUCUCCGAUUCGAGUGGACGACGGACCCGUCGAGACGCUGGAGGACUUCCGCACGGGUGACUGUUUGCUGUGCUUCACCCGGCUAGACGUUCUGCGACUGAAACGUAAGCUCGAACGCCUCGGCUUCCAGGUGUGCGCGGUGUACGGUCACCUGCCGCCGGCGAUUAAGCAGCGCCAGGCUCGCAAGUUCAACGCAGCAGUCGCAAAGGCCAUGGCGGCCGAGAAGCGUGAAUCCGAUGCUUCGAACGGACUUGACCGGGUCGACGGACUUGACCGGGUCGACGGACUUGACCGGGUCGACGGACUUGAGCCAGAGACCCACACGACUGGUCCGCAGGAGAAGAGGACAGCGUUUGCUUCAAAACGAGCGCCCCGCGCACCAGCCCCAGACGCGCUGCUCGCCAGUAGCCCGUCCAGGCUCCCCGCUGAACCUGUCAAAACCGCCGACCCCCCGGAGACGGCGCGUUCUGUGCGCAUCCUGCGCGACCUUUCCUCAGCCCCCUUUGCGGCUUCGUCUCGGGCUGCGCUGUCGGACGCUCCUGCCUCUCGAAAAACCGUUUUAAUUUCCACAGACGCCGUGGGAAUGGGGCUGAACCUGGAAAUCCGGCGAGUGGUGUUUUGGCGGCUGCACAAAUUCUCGGGGACCGCCAAGAGACCCCUCACCGUCGCGGAGCUUCGUCAGUUGGGCGGGCGAGCGGGGCGGCGAGGAAGGCUGUUCGGCGAGGAAGGCGGGCGCGUGACGUGCAUUGCGGGCGAGGAUUUCCGCAGACUGAAGGAAGCUUUCGACGGCUCCUCCCCUUUGGCGCCUCUGACGAAGGCUGCGCUCCUGCCCUCGCUAGCGCAGCUCCUGGCCUUCUGCGAUGAACUUCGACGCGGGGGCGUUUUCGGGGAAAGCCGGCCAACGGACAUGGCGAGUGGCGUGUCUUCGACGCACGUCGGCAAGUUCUACUCGGAGGCCUUGCAGCUGUUUUGCGACCUAGCCUCGAUCGACGCCCACUUUUUCGUUCCGAGACACAAACUGAAUCGCAUGCUGACGGUCUUGCACGCGUUGUCCGACCUGCCGCUGUCUCGGCAGCAGCUGUUCACCUUUGCGCUCGCUCCCCUCCCUCUCACAGUCCCCGUGGCCUUUUUGAAGGAACCGAGUGCGACGAAAAACAACUCCAAGACGCCAGAAGGCAACGGACCUGCGCCGCCCGGACCUCCGGACGUACAGUGCGCCGAGGAAGGUCAGACAGACCUGACUCUGUUGAGAGAGCAGGGGAGCGAGUGCGACGCGAAUGAAGACGAGUGGCAAUCGGCGGAAGCGGAACACGGCUUCUUUCUGACCAGGCAAAGCGAACAGGGGACGGCUCUCGCGUGGGGGUUCGGCGCGGGGCUGUCUCCCCUCGUCCUCAGCGCGCUCAGGACUUUUGCAGCGCUCCUCACGACGUGUGGGGUUGCGCCCUUGCCGCCCGAUCUCCGCUUCAGUUCUCCAGGCGAGCAGCCGGAGCGCAGCGCGGGCCCGAGCGAAGGACCGACCAGAGAGGGCUGGGAAACCGGCGGAGCGCUCGGAUCGCCAGCCCCCGCCGGGGCCCACAGACACCCCCGCGAUUCCAGUGAAGGCGAAACGGAGGAGGCAGCGUCGGUUUCGCCUCUCGCAGGUUGCUCAGGGACGACUUGUCCACCGUGUGCGUCGUCGAGCGAAGACGCCGAGGACGAGGCCAUCCGGAGUUUGGAGGAGCACCUGAGCCGGCUGGAACAAAUUUACCAGAUACUCGAUCUCUAUCGGUGGCUGUCGCUCAAGUAUCCCCACGUGUUCGUUGACGCGUCCCUUGCAGGUGAGUCUCAGCGAUGCGUGGCAGCUUCUAUAGAAGCUCUUCUUUCGACUGGCGCGCCUUCGCCUUUUUCUGCAGCGUUUCAGAGCCUCACUGACUCUUCGUCUCCUCGUGCUUCGGCAAUCUCCCCUCGGCACGGCCGCACGGCUGACGGCGGCGAAGGAGGUCGAGAAGCGGGCGAGCCUCCGUUCCGGCACACGAGGACGGAGGCGCCUCUCACUCCCAUCGCAGCUGCGCAAGUCGACGCUAUGUGGGGCCUUGCAAGAUGUCCAGAGCCCUGGGGAUUUGCGGACGCCGGCGUCGGACGGGGCGCGGCGAGCAUAGAGAUGGGGCCAGCAUCCCGCGAGGGGAAGGGAGAGGCCUUCAGUGCGUUUCUUACAGCCCUCGCGGACGGGAGACAAUUCUUUGACGGGGCUUGCAACCCAGAUAAAGCUUUUCAGACCGCAGUCCAGAAAGUCCUCGGGCACGGUCCGGGACCGGGGCUGGGGGAGGCGCACGCUGUCCGGUGUAUGUACAGUCCGAAUUCGGGAGAUCGAGAAGGCGAACCGAAACGCAGGCAGUGGCAAAGCGGAGUCGGGAGGCCGUUUGUUCUCGAUCUGAGGGCUACGGACGCGUCUCCACCGAAAUCCACAGUGGAAACACUCGUGGAGACGGACGCCCCCCCGCAGCGUAGGAGCGCGAGAGAAAGUCAGAGAGAAGAGAAUCGUGGGGGGGAGAGCGAUCGGGAAGACGAGCGAAGCGGGGAGCACUGGCUGGGCGGAGAAACCAGGCGCUUCGAUGGCAGAACUGGCGGCACGGUGGAGACCGACGAGGAGACGGGCGCUUUGCCGGAGAGAGUAAGAGAUUCGGAAGAACGUGGAGAAGCCAUGGAAAGAGAAGAGCCGUCUAGGGUGGCUCGGCUGUUAGCAGAGAUCGCAUCGCUGACACGUGCAAAUGGCCGGGAAGCCGAACGGGCCCUCGAAGACGUCAUCCGCCGCUUGAAACACGUCCCAGCCGUGGAGAGGAGGCAGCCUGAUGUGCCAAAGAAGAACGAAGAGAGUGAAGCGUCGAACCCCGUGGGCAGAACAUAA